AUGGUGCCAAAAGAGGGUAAAUCACAAGAUGAUGCGAAGUACAAAAAAAAAAAAAAAAACAUUGAAAGCGUCCCUACCAUUCAGAGCAGCGGUUGCAGCUUCAGGGUAAUUUUUAACUCUACAACAAUGAGUGAAUCACUUGUGGUGUGUGAUGUGGAUCAAGAUCUGGUUAAAAAGCUGAGGGAGUUCCGUUUCCGGAAGGAGACCAACAACGCGGCCAUAGUCAUGAAGAUUGACAAAGACAAGCAGCUUGUUAUUCUUGAUGAAGAGCAUGAGGACAUUUCUCCUGAUGAUCUAAAGGAUGAACUGCCUGAGAGACAGCCAAGAUUUAUCGUCUACAGUUACAAGUACCAACAUGAUGAUGGACGUGUGUCUUAUCCCCUCUGCUUCAUCUUCUCCAGUCCAGUGGGCUGCAGGCCAGAGCAGCAGAUGAUGUACGCAGGGAGCAAAAACAAACUGGUGCAAACUGUUGAACUGACCAAGGUGUUUGAGAUCAGAAACACAGAGGACCUAACAGAGGAAUGGCUUAGAGAGAAACUCGGGUUCUUCCGCUAAAGUCCUCACCUCAUCCAGAGGCCUGCGAUGUGAGGAGGAUCCAGAUGGCACAACUUGUGUGAUCUCUGGGGGAGAACACACCACAGUUAAUGUUUCCCUCCUCUUUGUACCAGACCUGUUUUAAAUAGUGUUUGCAAACACUUUCUGUUGUCAGUUUUAGGCCUCUUUGGUGGAGUUUACAGUUUAUCACAAUUCCAGAUUUUGCCCGAAGGUUUGGACAAUCGCAGAAGUUUGAAUAUUUUUCUGUGACUGUCAACGUCUGUGGCUCUAACUAAACCUCACCCAUCUGGCAGCAUAAAACUGAAAAUACUAUUUGAUGCAGGUCUACUUUUGUCUCCCAUACAAUCUUUCCAUGUGCCAGUUAUGUGUCUGUAUUGAAUUAACACUCCCAUAGCUCUUAAAGUGAACAGACAUUGAUAGUACUCAUCCGCCCUUCGUAAGCAUGUUCAUUCAGGAGAAUUUAAAGGCAUUUUAACAACGGUUUGUGUUUUCUUAAUUAGUUUACACUCAGCAUUUUUAUGUUCUUUUUUUUUUGCAACUCUGAACCUCCUGAGUUUUACCUUUUUUAUGUUUCAUAAUUUUUCAUAAUUUGAGGGAGUCUUACUUUUAGAUUUUCAUUUUGUUUUGUUGUUUUUCUGGUGUAUCUAGGGUCAUGUAAACAUCUACUUUAUACCAUUAAUUUCCUUUUGUUGUCAAAAACGAUUUUCCUGCCAGAACAUCUGAACAAUCACAAUUUUUGGUCAGUUUCUCCUUCAGUAUUCAUCUAAGGUCAGUUAAAUUAUAAUUUAAGUAACAAUCUGUAAUUGCUUCAAUCUGCAAAUGACAAUAACACUACAACCGCUUGACAAGAGACUUACAUUAUAUAUAUGAUGUGUUGUACCUUCUUCUGUGCACAUGAACGAGCUGACAGAGACCCUGAACUGGUGCUUAUCACGCCGCAGAAUCGCCCUUGCGAGUCCGUCAACAGAUCACAUCAUUUCAUCUCUUUUCAGAGAAGAAAGAGUGUGAAUCGUGGGUUUAACUGUGCUCUGCCUUUGACCUGCAUAUUUCUAAAUAUGAUAUCACGCUCCGGGAAACAACAUUUCCACUGAAACAUUCCAGACAGAACAAUUUAUACAACAAACCUUCGUCUCUAGUGACCAUGACAGUCUUGAAAACACUGCACACACGUCUUUUUAAUCUACUGGGCUACUCUGUACAAGUGGGGUGGGUCACUGUGUCUCUAGGGAGAUCGUUAGCUAAUAUUGUGCAUUAUAGCUAUUGCUGUUUAUUAGUGUUUAUGAAUGUUGUGCUUCAUUCUGAUGUAAAAAGCCACUUUGAUUUCUUCGUGGUGGUCAUAGCUUUGAGAAUGACGGAGGUGACUUCUCCAAACGCCAGUUGUGCUUAAAAUUUAGACUUGGCAGGUAAAGGACAGCGUCUGCGCAAUUUACAUUCUCCAUACCGAACAGGGUUUGACCAAUAUAGCUGUUUGAAGGCUGAUGCUCAUAUCUGUGAAUUGAAUGUGCCAGCAGCUCAGAUUUUGUGCCAGUUUCUAAUUUCUUUAGUGUAGUCUUUAAGUAUUUCCACAGCUACACUUUUUUUUUGUUGCAUUUGACCUGUAUUCUGUCAUACUGGGUUUGUAAUUAAACACAGAUGGAGGUUAAAAUGCCAAAUUUUAGCCUUCAGCACAUUUCCAUAUUCAGUGUGCUGGAGUACACAGUGAAAACAACAAAAAAAAAAACGUGUCACUUUCCACACACUCAUGGACACUAUUGUAUAUUUUUGUCAGUUUUCACAGCCCUAAAAUGACAGUUCUUCAUUGUUUCCUGCUGAAAAUCCUCUAAAACUGCAUUGUAGCACUAAAACUCUAAACCAAAUCUACUCAUACUUAAAGGAUUAGCAGCUCUUAACAGCAGAGUGACCAGCCCCAGACAGUUAAAAGCUCCACAAGAUGCGCUCAAAAUCUAAGAAAAUUGCAUUGUAGGUGCUACUGAAUGGUUUUAUGUGACCAGUGUGGGAGAAACCUCCAUUAUAACAGCAGUGAAUGACUCGAGAAGCAGAUUUCUGAUUCUUAAUAAAAGCUUAAUAUGAGCUCAGUAUAUUGGUCUGACCCUAAUAAAAGAAUAAUAGGCACAAAUGAAUUUCACACAUUCCCUCGUCGGUGUCGUCUCUUAUUGAGAAACUUGGAAAAGGAUAAGGGAGGGCUGUGGCUGAUUUAAAGCUCCGAGACAGGAAAUCACCACAUAAUGUAUGAUGCCAUACUGCUACGUCUACCAUACCAAUGCCUUGUCUGACAUUUUUUUUUUGGUCAUAUUUAUGUCUUUUGAAAAACCAUGACGCCAAAAUGAAAACAUGACGCAAAUAUGUUUUGUGAGAAAAAUAGAUGGUGAUUGAAAAAGC